UUUUCAUUCAAAAAUUAUAAUUAUUUUAUGUCAAGUGAAGGUUAAUCAAUUCGUUUAGCUAGAAACUUAGGACUUGAGCUUCUCAUGCUAGUGAGAAUCCACCUCCGGGAAGCGAUAAUUUGUUCCUUAUUAUCAUCUCGUCUUCAACAUGAAUUCGAAACGUGCAUUUUUUGCGACUUUAAUGUUCUGUACAUUUAUAAUUAAUCAAACUACAGAAGUAACUUUACCAACUCUGUGUGAAGUUUGUAAAUAUCUGACAGUAGAAUUGCAGGCCUUACUGUCAGAAACAGAGAAAUCAAAGUUUGUUUUGGAAACUGGUCAUGGCUUGGACACAAAGAAGAAGAAAAUCCAGUACCAAUAUUCAGAGCUUCGUUUGACAGAGGCCCUUCAUGAACCACAUAUUUGUGACCGUUUACUUAAAUACAAUGUUCACAAUGAAAAGAAGGGUAGCUUGAGGUUUGCCAAGGGCAGAAGUGAAACCUUGAAAACUUUACACGGAUUAAGAGAGAAAGGUGUAAAAGUGGACCUUGGAAUUCCUGAAGACCUUUGGGACACACCCUCUGUGGAAGUAUCAGACUUGCAUAGAAAGUGUAUCCGUCUAGUGGAAGACCAUGAAACUGAUAUUGAAGAUUGGUAUUUUGGACAUCAAACAGUCCAGUCCCUACAGGAAUAUCUCUGUAAAGACAUAGUCCUCUUGCCAACUGAAUCUGGCUGCUUGGCAGAGACAGAUCAAAGCCAGGAUACGAAAAAAAACCUCAAAGGAGAAGUAAGUGAAGGGAAAAACAAUGAACUUUAACAACGAUACAUCAAAAAUCAAAAGUGGAUCUGAAUGGACCAAAGUGGGUCUGAGUGGACCAAAGUGGACCACUGUCUCAGUCUGUUGCUAACGUAACCCGUAAUUCUAUGAGCCAGAUAAGCAAGCUGUAAUUGAACCAGUAUUUCUUGUAUGUAUGAUGGAUCUGAGUCACAUUCCCUGUCAAAGAUCUCGUUUUAAAGAGAUUGUAUUUCUUUUUGUCACUAUUCUUGCAUCUCAUACAAUGACUUGUUAUCAAUUCCCAUGGCAUAACAGCCAUUAUGGGUCUUUUUUUAGCUCUAACGAUGUGAUGCUCCCUUUUUUCCCCUCAUUCCCCGAUUGCUUUUUUAACAACAUGGAAUUUUUCCAAUAAUCCUAUUGUUUUGUUUGAAUCUGUUUGUCUUGACUACUUGCUUAGAAGCAGGGGUUCUUCAGUCAAUUGUUAUUGUUGUUGAUGUUACAUUUGCUGCAGUGUCAAAGACACACAACUAUUGUUUUCACCUCAAAAGGAUUUUUUUCUUUUUUUAUUAUUCUUACAUAUAUGUAGCACGCUGGUGUUAUAAUUGUUAUCCCACACUUCCCACCGCUUCACCAGAUUCAAAUUUAUGCUACCUGACACUCCACAAAAGUUCACCAUACUUUAAUUCAUUCCCCCCACACACACACUUCACACCUGUUCACUAUAUUCUGAUUGAUGUUAUCUCACAUUCUACACCAAUUCAUCAUGAUUUAACUACUAUUACUCCAUGUUCUACUCUUAUUUACCUUAACUAACUGCUGUUGUUCCAUAUCCCCCACUCACCAGUAUACACAUGUAUAACUUGAUCUAACUGCUGUUGUCCCCCCUUACUGUAUCCCUCACAAGUUAAUACCUAUUUAUUUGUUAAUCCCCUUACACAUCAGUCUGCCCUUAUUUGACUCCUUUGUUUUUUCCAACACUAUACCAGUGGUUCUUAACCGGGUAUAAACAUUACGUAAUCAGUGAGCUGAGACAUGGUUGAUGGUGUGCCAAGGUCGAUAUCAUUUCGGUUUAUAAGCCCUCGUCUUCUUCAGUAAUUUUCACAUAUAUUUAACAGAGAGGGUAUUAAUAACUAAAAAGUGGUAUGUGCUGUAUAGGAUACUAUAAGAAAACACAGGCAAUAAGCAGCUGGGCAAAAUAGGCUUCAGUUUGAUCAAAGCAAUCUGCUGGAUUAUUGUUAUUUAUUCUUUUUUCUUUUUACUCUUUCAAAAGCAUGAACACAGACUGUUUGUAAAACACCAUUCCAUGAAAGGGGUUGUUGAAGUACAAAAGGUUGAAAACCAGUACUCUAUACCAACUAAAACUUUUCCCACAAAUGUUCAAUAUUUUCUAGCAUACAGGUAAAAUAUUUCAGACCAAAAUUUUACAGCCAUAAAAGGUAGGUCACCUUAUACACGGAGACAACUUUAAAGGGCUAAAAAUUCAUUGUAGAAUACAGCAGGAUUUGGAAAGAUCAUAAUGAUGUUUCAAUGUUUACACUAUAUACUAUAUUGACUUAUAUGUUGGAAAAUAUAGUAUUUUAUCUCAGACUCUUUAUUCCAUAAAUUCACUGUUUUCUCAUAACCAAGUCAAUUCUAAAGAACUCUCUCAACAUUCCCAUACUACUUAUUGACGCCCGAAUGAACUGUACCUGCCAUAGUACUUAUUUGUUGCUUGAGGGGCUGUUUAUAUCUAUUAUUAUCACAUCCAUUAUAUCUCAUCACAGCCAGCUGGGUGUACCUCUUUGUGGUAACUAUUUAAACUUAUGUAAACAAUGUCUCUCCUCUGUGUUUCUUUACAGCUGGUGGUGAGGCUUCACAGUUCUCUACUAUGGCAUAUAUUUAUAAUGGUCCCUUAUUACAAUUAGGUGGACAGAGUACAACAGUAACUCAUACCUUACCAUGGUACCUAUUCAUAAUUAGAUGAGGAGAGAGCUGGACCUCACCAAAGUACUUAUUUACAACUGGAGAAGAUACAGCACUGAAUUGUACUACCCCAUGGUACUUAUUUACAAUUAGGUGGGGCAGAUGCAGCAGUGAUCUGUACCUUAUCCUGCUGAUUAUUUUUCCUGCAAAGAAAUGAGUAAGGUUUUGUAUCAUUAAUAUACAGUCCUCUGUACUCAAGUGCUAGUAACACAACAUUGCUAGAAGGUGCUGAAAUUGUUGCUGUUCUUUAUAUCAUGGAUAUGUUUUUCACCUAAGGGAAAGGGAAUAGGGGUUCUGUAUUUUUUUUCCAUUUCUCUUAAUCCUUAUCUCUUUUGUCAGUCUUAUUCUCUCCUCUCCUCUCCGUAUAUUUUCCUGUUUAUUUGUCUUUGUCUGUUUUCUCUUCUCUCUCUCUCUCUCCUUCUGUAUCUGUAUAUGCUUUUAUCCCACUUUCCUUCUCUCUCUCUUGCUCUCCUUUCUCUCAAAUCCUAUGUUUUCUCUUCAACUUUACUGAGCCAACAAAGGUGCCUCUGUGUGAUUGAAUAGCUAGAAAUAUCAGGCCAAUGUCCUUUAAACCUUAUUCUACCAUCUUAAAAAAUGGUAUUAGAAAAAAGACAAGAGGAUCAAUGUUGGAAUGCUUUUGAUCUUCAGUCUGCUAUAUCAAGGCUAACUUGGGACUAAACAACAAGAAUACCAUUACAAUAAUACCAACAACACCACUACUAAUACUAACACUGCUGCCAACACCUACAUUCCCAUUAUCACCAACAUCACCCUCUACCAUCAACACCACCACCAAAGCCAUCACUAUCCUCAUCAGCAACACUUCCACCACCUCAACUCAUUGAGCAUUCGCAUAACUACUUUAACCUGCUUGUGAGGUGGUCAGAUAUUUUUCAUUCAACUCUCCACUUUAAAACGAGGACCACAUAUCUCAGGUCUUAAGACAACAAGACCCUAAAUUAAGCAUAGACGGGCCACAUUUUAAGCUCUAAAGUCUUAAGAUCACGUGUCUCUCCAAAUAAGGACAACACAUAGCUUAAGUCUGCAAGUCUUAAGACAACAUGUUCUCAAAACAAGUACAGAAUGGUUAAACUGAUACUAUUGCUGAGAAAUAGACAUGUAUCAGGGGUUCUCAACCAUUUUUUUUUUGUAUAGACUCCCUUGAUUACUAUUUUAUUCUGAUGGACCUCCAUAACCAUUUGAUGUUUAAAAAUUAGUUCUUUCAAAAUUCCUAAUUUGUUUUUCACACAUUAAUUUGUGUAGGUUGAACUAUGUAAAAUGUUAAAGAAAUAAACCUAGCUGUUUCUUGCAAUACAUACCAAUACAUACAUCGAGGGCAAAUUGUUUUCAGGAGCCCAUAAAAUACUUUUGUGGAUCCCCAGUUUACUAUUUUGUUGCGUGGACCCCCAAAAAAAUCUUAUACGGACCUUUGUUGAGAAUCACUGGUUUACAUCAUAUGUCAUGUUUACAUCAUAUGUCAUGGAGGUUUCUCUUUGAUAUUUAUUAAAAAAGGAUUACUCAACAACAGCUGUAUGAACCAUCAAUGAAACUUUUGUGUAGUUUUUUUUAUCUGCAUAGUACAAAAACCAAAUUUCUCUUUACACACUCCAAUACUAUCUUUGAAACUAAAGAAGACACUUCAUUUUUAACCCUUUAGUAUUCUGAUUAUUCUACCAAAUGUAGUACUUUAUUAUUCACAUUGUUUUUAAUUAAUCAUGCAUUAUCUCAUAGCUUUGAGAUUUUUGAUUAUGUGAUUGUUUAAUUUUAGAAUGAUGUUGUAGAAUGUUUUAUUCGAGAGGUUGGAUUUCACCAGUCUGAACACGAAACAGGUAGAAUAUUUUUUGCCGGACAUGACUGGUUUAAAUGCUAAAGGGUUAAAUUGUUAAAUUCAAGAAUAAAUCCCUUCCACUCUCCUACCAUAAAAAUGAGACAACUAUGAUUUGAAAACUAAUCAUGUUCUAAAAGUUUGAUUUGAACCAAUAUCAAAAAUAUGUGUUUUUGGCUACUGUGUCUGUGUCAUCUAUUCUAUCACUGAAGUUGACACAUAUCAUGGGUCUGGAGUUUUAGAUUAGGCAUGCCAUACUUCAUGGAAAAAGGAAGAAAAAGUUACAGAAUUGGGGUGGGAGGGCAGAAAUGUAAAAAUGAGGAAAUUUAAAAAAAUUAUGUGGGGAUCACAAUUUCUAUUAUGUAAAACACGGAAAUACCUUCUCUCUUCCAACGAAAAUAAAAAGAAAGAAAUGAAGAAAAAAA